GGACGAGUGCUUGACAUGAGAAGUGAAGCGGCGAGUGGCUCGCCAGUGUCAUAAUGUCUGCCUGUACAAUUGAGUGGGGACACGCAAGAAACAAACAGACACACGUGCUGUCAGUCACAGAAAAACAUCAUGAUGGUCGACCAGCCGUCCGUCCUCUAGGUAGUGGGCUUGCCAUCUGCUGCACUCGAUGCUGCCCCGGCUGUUGUCACGUCAUGUGGUGACGACCGCAUGACAACAGCCAGAGCCUCAUCGAGCUUGACAGAUCACAAUCCCGGCCCGUCGGACACACACACGACAGACCUUCCCCUCCCCCAUGCGCCCGGACUGUCUAGGUCACGUCACUUUGGCCUUCUUCUUGAUGGUCUCUGCGGUCUUUUUGACAUUGUCUGCCACCAGCCUCACAGGGCUCCUCGUGCGGCACAGCGCAUGCACCACCAGAGCCCCCCACACCACGGCAGCAUACAGCCGCGGCGCAGUCAGCAGCCCCACCAGCAUCGUCAGCCACAGCAUCAGGUUGAUGGCCAGCGUGAUGGCCAGCCGCGUGGAGGGCGGCAAGCCCAACAGCCAGCCGUUGCCCUGGCAGUCAGUGGAGGGUAGGAGGAUGGCGGCGUACUGGAGGACGGUCACGAUGAGCAGAGAGGAGGGGCGAAACAGCGAGAGGAGGGCGAGCAUCGCGUAGAUGAGCAGCAGGUAGUUGGGCAGGAAGUAGCUCAGGUUGGACGUGAAGCGGUCGAAGGGAUGGUCUGAACACACACACGCACACAGACAGACAGACAGACAGGUGUAUGGGCUCCACGUGGCUGGCUUCUCGGUCCGUCCGGCCGUGGCAUGGCGUGGUACUACCUUACCUGGCGGUGCGAACUCUCCCAUGAAUUCCUUCUGCACACACAGCACAGCACAAGAUCCCAAGAGCACAUGCACAGCACAGACCUGCCUGUGACUGUCCGUUCUGCCCGCCUGAUGCAUGCACCCAUACCAUACCCAUGGCCGCAUCCGAUUGGUCGGCAAGCCGAGAGGGUCAUUGAGCAGUACUCUUCUCCCCUCCUCCACUGCCACAUGCGCCUGCUCCUCAGUCAGCCCCACCCCGCCGCUCUGCACAAUCGGCCAGCCGUGCCGGACCACCCAGCUCAUCAGCAGCACGUCAGCCAUCUUCUCAUUGGUCGGCCGCACAGGACUCCGUCGUACCGCCUCGUCUGACGUGCGCCGAAAGGCCGAGAAGAGCGACUCGACGAGGUGGUCAAAUUGCGACGCCCGCUGCCGCUGGUUGCCCGCCAUUAACUCUCAGAAGGGACGCACUCGCCAGGGGAGUGUUACGGACCAACCGAAUAAGCUAAGCUGUGGUUAUCCAUCUGCGGGUCGCAUUCACCAUUUCCUCAACAGGGAGAAACACAGCGAUUUCUCAC